ACAUGGACUUCCUGGUUAUAAUUCUAAAAUAUAAAUAUGAUUUACUGCCAAAAGCUCUUUUGUGCAACCGUGUCGAUUUUCUGCUUUUCAUGCCAUAAAUAAACGUCGGUAUCCUUCGAACUGAGGAUAAUACAAACGGGUAGACUCUUGAACAUCAAACAAAACAAGUGAAUGCAGUUUUGCUAUCCUAUACAAAGUCUUCUACUGGGUGAACAAUGUUGUUCAUGCGCUAUGUGUACAGUCUGGUUGUAGUUGUCUACCUUUUCGCCCAAAACGGACAGCUAGAGGCGACAGCCGGUAUGCGUAUCACAGUAGCAGAAAAAACUUUAAAGAUGGUUAACGAAGUCGAAAUAAGUGCACUGCAGCGCGACUUAAACGGUAAAAGAUUCGACGACCUCAGCGAUUCUUCUGGAGACUUGUCUUGGAGGCUCUCAGACAUUCAUGUCCAGUACCUGGGAACAAUGACGUCAAGUAUCAACUUAUUAAGUAACGGCCAAAUCAGAUGGACGUGUGAUAUUAGCUCUAUAACGGUGGAAGCAGAUUGGUGGGCAAAGUUGAAAAUUUUGUUCACAUCAAUCUCUGAUGAUGGUUCUGUGGAAGCAAGGGCGGGGCGAACAUCACUCAGCAUCUCUUUAACGCUAUCAGAAAACUCUGGCGGGCUUGGAAUAAGCCUAAGCAGUUGUUCCGCGAGUGUCGGCAGCUUCAACCUCGAUUUUUCUGGUAGUUUAUUAAGUGGACUUCUGAAUGUAAUCUCGAACGUUUUUGAGCGCGACAUCAAAAGAAAACUAGCAGACUCCAUAUGUGACUUUGUGAGGAAAGGGAUGAACGAUAUAACCGCGGACAUGAGAAACAUUAAAACCUCGUUUCCGAUUGAGAUCAUAGGAAUUCCGUUGACGCUUUACAACUCCUUUACUAAAGUCACGGUCAAUAGUGAUACCAUUACAACGUAUCAUGAGGCAUCAGUACGUUGGAAUGGAUACACAUUCUACUCAGCUGAUACAACUGUACUUCCAACUUCGCGUCCAUCACAUGGUAUAGCUUUUGAUUUGAAGGAAGACGUUGUUAACAACCUUUUACGAGCCUAUGUGGAGAGCGGCCAUCUCGAUGGAAGUUUUAAUUACUCUAGGGUUGUUGGGAAAGGCUGGGACGAAUUCCGCCUCAUAUGUAAGGAGGGAACCUCCAAUAUCUGCCUCGGUAAUAUCGUUCCUCAGGUCGCAAAAGAGUACCCGGACAGAGUUUUAGGAAUGCAAUGGAAUGUGAAUUCGGCUAACUUGAACAUCCAGAACGGUCAAAUCACGGGAGAGCUGACAGGCCGAGUAAACUGCAGCGCUGACAGUGCUAACGAAAGUUUGCCAUUAUUUUCUGCUCAAGUGGAACUUGUCGUUGCUUUUGAACUGAAGUUUUCUGCCGGGGAACUAUCAGCUAGAUCAGUAGCUUGGGGGGGACACGCAACUGUUGACAGAUCAAACAUUGGAAAGGUUCUGACACCAUCCGUUCUAGACGCCACCAAUCUUAUCUUUUUACCCGGAAUUCAGCAAGACAUAUUGGAUAUUAUAAAUGAUUUCAAAACCAGCUACAAAUUAGAAUUUCCUAAAAAUGUGUUUAUCAAGGAAAGUGGAUUGAGCUUGUAUGAGGGCGUUGUUCGAGUUGAGGCUGACCUGUGUUAUAAAACAACUUCUUGCCGAUCUACAACAAACGAUGAAUGGGUUGGAAACAAAGAUAUCCCAAAGUUCGUAGUCGAUGACAUAAUACCAACCACAACGACGACGACAACAACAACAACGACACCGCCAUCAACAACAACAGCAUCUUUGUCUGAAACUGGUGGUCAGGUCAGUGGUCAGGCAUCAGUCAUAUUUUCAGUGGUGAACAUGUUUGGUUGUUUUGCAGUAUUUGUUGCAGUCACUGUGUAAACAGUUGUGACAUUUUGUAACAUAUUAACCUUUGUUAUUGCGCUUGUAACACUCAAGCUUAUUGCAGUCAUUCGGUAAACAAUUGCAAACUGUUUACUUCUUCAGCAAUUUCAUUGCAGUAAUUGUUUAAAUGGUUGUUAUACACUCUUCUUCUUUACAGGUUUAUUAAAUCAAAAGUGUAAACAUUCUUUACACUUUUUACUUCUUAGGCAACUUUUAUUGCAGUACUAGUCCUUUUGUAAAAAGUUGUUACGCUCUUUAUUUCUUCAACACAUUUUAUUGCAGUUAUUGUGAAAACGAUUGUUACAACAAAAUUCCUAAUUGUUCAGUUUAUAUAGUAUUACUAUUUUGUUAAUAAUGCAUGUAUUCACAUACUGAAAUUUGAAUAGGUAAUGCAGCUAAUUUUUAAUUGAUGUUUUGCAACGCACGGGAAAAGUAACGCAUUAGGCGUUUUGACCAAUAUUUUGACCAGUAUUGCAUAUUUUGCAUGUGCAGGGCAUGUGCACUAACAUGCACGUUUUCGUUUACAUAUUUGGCAUUACUGACAAAAGUCCUACUAGAAAAAAUCAUAUAUCAUGGUGAAAUCGACACAAGAGCAACGCGAUCGAGCUGUCGGAAUGUUGCUAGCCGGGACACAUUUAAUACACGUGUGUAAUUAUUUUUGCACUUUCAAAAGACUUUUAAAAUAAUUUGUUUGUAGCUGUUACUUUGAUGGGUAUUUUCAUUUUUAACCUUAUUUCCGUCUACAAGAACCUUCAGUCGUUGGUUAUCUACCAUCCAAGCUCUUUUGGCGAAAUUUACCCCAAGUACAAUUAAUUGAAAUGACCGAUUUUCAAUUUUGUUGUAAAAUUCCGACGGCCCGUGCGCGUUGCUCUUAAGUCAAGGUCACCAUGAUAUGUGUUUUUCUAGUAGGACUUUUGAUAAUAAUGCCAAAAGUGUUCAUUAACAAGUGCAUAUUGGUGCCCAUGCCCUUCACGUACAAAAUAUGCUAUAUUGGUCAAAACGCCAAAUGCGGUUACGUUGGCCGUGAGUCGGCCAAAACUUAACCAAUAAGUAGCUGCCGUACCUAUUCAAAUGUCGGUAUGUGAAAUUUCUUGUAAAUACAUACAUUAUUAACAAAAACGUAAUACAAUAUAAACUGGCCGAUUAGGAAUUUUUUUUCUUGUAUUUCUUUGGCGAUUUUGUAUUGUUGUUACGCUUUAAACAUCUUUGGCAGUUUUGUGUAUUGGCAAUACGCUCUUUAGUAUCAAAGCUGGAUAUUCGCUAUACAUUGUGUAUGACCUAUAAUGUGUCGUUACGACAGAAACCCAACAAAAUUACUUCUUUGGCAACUGUGUAUAUUGUCGUUAGGCUCUUUACUUCCUUAGCAAUUUUGUAUAUUGUCGUUACGCUCUUUACUUCUUUGGCAAGUUUGUAUAUUGCCUUUACGCUCUUUUCUCUUUUUGGCAAUUUUGUAUAUUGCUGUUGCGCUCUUUACGUGUCUGGCAACUUUGUAUAUCUUCCUUACGCUCUUUACUUCUUUGGUAAUUUUGCAUAUAACUUUGUCGUCUUUUUACUUCUUUGGCAAUUUUGUAUAAUGUUGAUAUGGUCUUUGUUACUUUGGCAAUUCUUGUGUGAAUUGAUGUUACACUAUUUACUCCAUUUACAUUUAAUUAAAGCCAUUGUGUCAACAACUGAAUGAUUUGACCAGUUAUUGCACUGUACUUCUUUUGCAGUUGUGUUGCAGUAAAAAUGUAAACGGUUGUUACUUUUUUACUUCUUUGGCAAUAUCUAUUUUAGUUAUUUUAUAAAUAAAGCAGUUUGAUGUCGUUUGUUUUGAAAUUGAGUAUAUAUAAACUGAUUUUUACAGGGAAUACAGAAAACAGUUGCUGCUGUCUUAAUGUAUGAUUCCCAAAAUGAUCUAGUUUCAGUGUUGCACCGUUGUUGUUACAUUGGAGAUGAAAACUUACUUGUGUAGGAUAACGAAUAUGACUUUGUGUUGUUUAUGCUUUUAAGAUGAAAACUUACUUAUGUAAGUCACGUAAAUGACAUCGUGUUGUUUUUGCUUUUGGGAUGAUAACAUACUCAUGUAGGAUAACGAAAAUUACCUUGUGUUGUAUUUGCUUUUGCGAGGAAAACUUACUAAUGAAGAAUAUUGUAAAUGACCUCGUGUUGUUUUUUGCUUUUGAUUUGAUAACCUAAUUAUGUAGGAUUACAAAAAAUGACCUCGUGUUGUUUCUGCUUUUGAGAUGUAAACUUAAUUAUGUAGGAUUACGAAAAUGACAUCGAAAUGGUUUUGCUUUUGAGAUUAUAACUUUUAGAAUUAUUUAGGAUUACGAGUAGGAUUACGAAAAUGACCUCGUGAUAUUUUUUCGUUUGAGGUGAUUUUUUUAAUUUAUGUAGGAAAAUGAAAAUGACCUCGUGUUGCUUUUACUAUUGAGUGAUAACUUUUAGAAUUAUGUAUUACGAAAAUGACCUCGUUUUGUUUUUGCUUUUGAGAUAAAAGAAAAAUGUUAAAAUCAUGUUGAAUAAAGAAAAUGACUUCGUGUUGUUUUUGCUUUUGAGAUGAUAACUAUUUAUGUAGGAUUACGUAAAUGACCUCGUGUUGAUUUUUACUUUUUGAGAUGAUAACUUACUUAUGUAGGAUUCCGAAAAACACCUCGUGUUAUUGUUGUUGUACAUAUGUUGUUUACUUUGAGAUUUUAAUUUACUUAUGUAGGAUUCCGAAAACGACCUCUUUUCAUUGUUGUACAGAUAUUGUUAUUUUAAGAUAUUAAUUUACUAAUAUGUGAUUCCGAAAAGGACAUCGUUUUAUUGUGUAUGCAGCUGUUGUUGCCUUUGGCAAAUUAAUUUACUAAUGUGAUAUUCAGAAAAUUAUAUCAUUUGAUCGUUUUACCUAUGUCAAUUAUAUGAAGUACAUAAAUUUUUAAAUAUUACAUAUUCCCAUUUCAUGUUGUUUUGCCGGUACUUAUGCUUUAAUUAUUGUUGGCUAACGCUUCGUCCCAUUUAUAAUAUAUGACUGAUCUCAUACAUUUUCGCAGAAGGACAAUAAUAAACCAAGUAAUGGACUUGUUUUAUCAACAACUUACAUGUAGUUUUAGCUCACUCGGACCUGAAAAUCUACUGAUUUUCACAGAAAUACUGGGUUCAUCACGUGAGAAGCUUUUGACCAUAACAAUGUUAGUCUACAUGUAUUUACGGAGGUAAACAUAUUAGCAAUGGCAGUAUAGCCGAAGACUUAACUCUCUACGGGUGUGUGGAAUAUUCUAUCCUGCGUAAAUCAACAAGAAUGUCAUUUGCUACAUUGAAUGCAGGAAAUGCAGUGUGCAGUGUAUGAAAAAGUUCACCGAUAAAUAUGUUAUUCCGCAACUACUCAGUAAACAUAGUUAUCAUAUGUUCAUAUAGCUAAAACUUAUUUUAUCAGUAGGACAUGUAUAUAAGAAGCAACAGACUCGCCCGCACUCUGAGAGACAUGUUGUUUUAACAAUGACGAGAACUGACAUUGAUUUUAACCAUAUAUCAGUGUGGCUUCUGACUAUUGAUGCUGAUUGAAUGGGAUAAGGCCGUGACUUUUAUUAUUAUAAUAUUAUUACAGAAAUUAAUGAAAUAUCAUAGCAUAUUGUAUGAGAUAGAAGUAUCAUGAAAUGAAGCAUGAAAUGAUAGAUUUCUAGCCAAAUUGCAUAGAAACAAAAUAAGCAACGCUAUGAUGCUGAAGCUCUAAAUUAAUGAUAAGCACACAUGUACUAGAAAAUGGAAGGACAAUGCAAAAAUGCAUACUGUGCUAGAAAAUCCAGCUGCCGAAAAUCCGAGGCCAAGAUGUUCAACGAAUUCUCAACAUCAUGAUGGAUUAAAAGGAAACAAAAAUAUGAAUCCAGUGCUAGUGUAAGAGAAUAUAUAAUUAGAAUAAAACUGCCAAAUAGAUACCAUAUUUUGCCAUGAUUAUGCGGCAAUAUAUCAGCCACGAUGGGAACAAAAGUCACGACUAACAAUUAAAACUUAAGAAGAUGAUAUUUUGCAGCAAAAUAAACAAGUCCGCUUACUUGAUACAACAUAAUUAUCAUAUUCUACAAAAUAAAAUAUUUUCUUUAUUGAAUAAAAACAAA